ACCUCUCAUACAUCUGAUCCCCACCCCACUCCCAGAUCCCUCUUCCUCAGUUUACUCCGGGUCUCUCAGCAUGAGGAGGAUCCGGGCUAAUGCCAUCGCCAUCCUGACCGUAGCCUGGAUCCUGGGCACUUUCUAUUACUUGUGGCAGGACAACAAGCCUCAUUCAGCUGCAUCCAGCCGAUCGCCGAGCAGCGGCGGCAGGAAUGGGCAGAGAUCCACGGGCAAAGUCGAGAUCCACAAAGAAGAGAGGACUAUCCCCCUCAUCGCAUCCAGGCCACCACAAGCAGAGAAAAGUGGCUUACGGGGUUUUGAUGAAAAGGCAUAUGUCUCCUCAAAGCUGCUGAAGGCUGGAGAAGAUCCUUAUCGGCAACAUGCUUUCAAUCAGUUAGAGAGUGACAAGCUCAGCAGUGACCGGCCCAUUCGUGACACGAGGCAUUACAGGUGUGCCUCUGUGCACUACGGUGCCGACCUGCCAGCAACCAGCAUCAUUAUCACUUUCCAUAACGAGGCUCGUUCCACCUUGCUCCGCACAGUGAAAAGUGUACUGAACCGCACUCCUGUCAACCUAAUUCAGGAAAUAAUUUUAGUGGAUGACUUCAGCUCUGAUCCUGAGGAUUGCCAGCUCCUUACCAAGAUACCAAAGGUCAAGUGUCUUCGCAACAGUCGGCGAGAAGGAUUGAUCCGUUCUCGCGUGCGAGGUGCUGAUACGGCAACAGCUGAGAUCCUUACUUUUCUGGACAGCCAUUGUGAAGUCAACAGCGAAUGGCUGCAGCCGAUGCUUCAGAGAGUGAAAGAGGAUUAUACUCGGGUGGUGAGUCCUAUCAUCGAUGUGAUAAGCCUGGAAAAUUUUGCCUACUUAGCAGCAUCAGCAGAUUUGAGGGGAGGGUUUGACUGGAGCCUUCACUUUAAGUGGGAGCAAAUCCCCAUUGAGCAAAAAUUGUCCAGAACAGAUCCUACUGAGUCCAUCAGAACACCUGUCAUAGCAGGAGGCAUCUUUGUGAUAGAUAAAUCUUGGUUUAACCAUCUUGGAAAAUAUGACACUCAGAUGGACAUCUGGGGAGGAGAGAACUUUGAGCUUUCUUUCCGCGUCUGGAUGUGUGGAGGCAGCUUGGAGAUCGUUCCCUGCAGCCGAGUAGGCCACGUUUUCAGGAAGCGCCAUCCGUAUGACUUCCCUGAGGGAAAUGCACUGACCUAUAUCAAAAAUACCAAACGUACAGCAGAAGUAUGGAUGGACGAAUACAAGCAGUAUUACUAUGAGGCCCGGCCAUCUGCCAUUGGAAAGUCAUUUGGAAGUAUUGUGGACCGGGUGGAACAGCGCAGAAAACUGAACUGUAAAUCCUUCCAGUGGUACUUGGAGAAUGUCUACCCUGAGCUCAAGGUUCCAGAAAAGGAGCUGAUUCCUGGCAUCAUCAAACAAGGAGCAAAUUGCUUGGAGUCUCAGGGACAGGAUACAGCAGGGAAUUCUCUAGCAGGGGUUGGAAGCUGUAAGGGGACAGUGAACAAUCCUGUGGCCACUCAGGAGUGGAUAUUCAGUGACCCUUUAAUCAGGCAACAGGACAAGUGUCUUUCAAUCACCUCUUUCUCUGCUGGCUCUCAGAUCACAAUUGAGGCAUGCAAUCAGAAAGAUGGCAGACAGAAAUGGAAGAUGAAAGGCAACUUCAUCCAGCACUUCGUCAGUGGCCUUUGCUUAGAAAGCCAGUCCAGCAGACUAGUGACCAACAUCUGCCAGUCAGACAUAUUGGGCCAACAAUGGCAGCUGCUUCAAGCCACAUGAUGGUUGCCGGGCAACUUCUCUGAUGCUUUUGCAUGAGACUCUUGGGAAUGGAAGGGGUUAGGGUGGGGGAUGAAGUUUGAUUAUCUUUAAACCCUAAGUAUUUUGAUUGUGAGCCUCAGCCGAUAACUAUUUCAGUUGAAAUGUCAGUGUUUUUCGGAUCCAUUAACGAAGCACUCCGAGAUAUAUGGAAAGAUCCCUGGAAAUAGCCCAUCUGCUAGCCGUUUUCCCCCUCGUGAGUAACUCCAUAAGAAGCUCCACAGCAGCUCACGGCUCGGGAAGGGUGCAGCCCAGUAGCCCAGACUUAGGUGUGACUAUGACUGACUGACAGCUCUUCUCCUCCAUUCCUUUCUCUCCAGGGACUUGUGCUCUGGCCCCAUGGAGUUGUUGCAAUGGAUGUCUGUGACAACGCUUAAUAUGAACUCCUGGUGGAUUUGUUUGGCUUCACUGGCAUUUCGACCUGACAUCACUUCUCAUUUUGCAUGUGUGUUGUACAAAAAUGCUGUUUGAGAAAACUAGCAAGAAUUGUUGUGGCUAAGUUAUUGGGAGAUGCCUAAUUGUGGGGGGUGGGGGAUGAAAGAAGCAGCAGCUAGGGUCUUUAUUGUCGUUUUUUGUUUUGUUUCUGUGUUUGGUUCCUCACUGGCGUGUGUUAAUAUAAUUCAUCGCAGAGAUUCUCUGUACAGCUUCUUGUUUUGCUGUUUCUGAUAGGGUUGAUGGUACAUUGCAGGAAGAAACUUAAAACCCCAACUGGCUAAA